GUACAGUCCGAUCCACAGUAGACAGCGGGUCGACUUGUGGGCGCAUCACACGUAUUCGACAUGGCGCAUGUACCGCAUAUCGCUUCACCCGUUUCGUGGCGGGUGUUGUCGCCGUCCAUUCAAUCCAAAAUACACCUGCGCAUGACUCUCUGCGGCGGCCAGUGCUUCCACUGGCACCACACACCGCGACGUACGUUUCUUGGCGCGAUCGAUCACUGCGUUUUCGAGCUGCGGGAGGUGCACUGCUCCGCGAAAGAGGUCCGGAGAAGGUGCCCUAGAAAGCAGGGUGCGGACAGCGCUACCGCGACGGUGGACGAUUCAGAUGCGGUAUGCUGCUGGAUCGAGUACAGAAAACUGUGGCCACAAGGUUCGACGGAGAGUUCCUCCGCCCAAAGCGCACCUGCAGCGCGGCAGCAGUCAUCUUCGCCGUCCGCAUCUCUACCCACAGAGACAGACGAGGAAGUUCUGACGCGGUAUCUUUCUCUCGACGUCGACCUCACGGCGUUGUGGCUGCGCUGGACGGAUGCGCCAACGACGCGGCAGCACCCCCUCGUCACCCAUCUCAUUCGCAGCUCCGAGGGUGCCGCACGCAUCACGGACGAUGCGAGGAAAAGCAGUGCGUUGCUACAGGAGUGUCAGCACGACGCCGGUGCACCGGCGGCGAUGUACACCCCCAUUCGUCACGUUCGCCAAGAUGUCCAUUCCUGCCUGUUCUCUUUCCUCUGCUCUCAGAACAACAACGUGGCGCGCAUCACAGGUAUGAUUUACACCCUCAGUCGGCACUACGGCGACCACCUCUGUGAUGUGCAGCUUGCCACCGGUGCUGUCCGACCGCCCUCGGCGCACAACGUUUCGGACAGCGUGAGAGGGGACUCCAGACGGAAGAUAGGAGCUGGAGGGACGUUUGGCGAAGCCAAGCAUCAAGCGGUGCGGCCUCCUUCUUCUCCCUCGAAACAGUCGAACGAGCAAGCAGCGGAAACGGAGUGGCUCAGUGUGUACAGCUUCCCCUCCCUUCAACAGCUUGCAACGGCCUCCGAGGAAGAACUGCGCCGCAUGGGCUUUGGCUAUCGCGGUAGGUACGUUGUCGAAGCUGCGAAGACCAUCUCAGCCUUCUCCUUACCAACUUCCCCGGCAGGUCAAAUGAUCACCGCGAUUCCGACACUUCCUCAGAAGCAGCACCAGACCUGCCUUCAAACUCCGUUUUACGCGGACCUCCUCGCGCACCACGGCAAUCUCGCGUACCAGCGUGCACAACUGCAGCUGCUCUGCGGAGUUGGGCGAAAAGUCGCGGAUUGCGUACUGCUCUUUUCUCUCGCGCACUCGAACUUGGUGCCGGUCGAUACCCACAUGGCACAGGUUGCCGUGGAGUACCUCGCCACCGCAGCGCACGUGCUACCGCAGCCGAAGAACAGCUCCCGAAAGCGCUUUCGGCACGGAGACGAAGCAACAGGAGUGGAGAAGGGGGAGCAUUUCAACGGAAAAAGCAGAGCCAUUUCGUGGCAGAAGGAGUUGCUGUUGUGGGGUGAGAAGGCAAAGCGGCUGAAGAUAAAAGCCGCCAAAACGACUCCGGUGAAGACAAGCAAGAGUACCAGGAAGAAAGCGAACAGCCUGGAGCCCUCCGACCAAGAGGCUGCGGAAGCGGCGAAGUUGCCUGUGCCGCCCCUUUAUGCGCGACAUCACGACGCUAUACAGCAAGGCUUUAUGGAGCUCUUUGGCCCUCAUGCCGGGUGGGCACAUAGCGUCCUCUUUUACUAUCGCAUGCGAAAGUGA